GUUGUGAGAGGGUAGAGAAUAGCAAAGGAAAUCCCAAACUUUUGACAUAGACAAGGCAAGGACCCCGAAAUGUGGAAACUACAGGUGAACACGGCAAGCCGUUCGUAUUCGUCUAUGCAUGUCUUCCUAUCGCAGUGAUACGUUAAUCAUAGCAGAGAUUUGAGGGUCUGUCUUCGAUAGUGGUUACUGUUGCUUAUCACACAGGUAGCUGUGUAAAGCAGGAUGCCAGAGAUGACUGAAACCCAGGACCUUGGCCAUAAACCUAGAAGAAGAAAAAAUAAAGAAAUUCACAAUGCCGUUGAGAAAAAGAGAAAGGAGAAGAUCAAUGCUGGUAUAAACCGCAUUGGGAAUCUUCUGCCAUGCUCUCAGGCACUAAAACAGAGUAAGAACAUGAUCCUCGAUGAGGCCUUCCGCUACAUUACUGAGCUAAAGAAACAAAACGAUGCAAUGCUCCUUGAAGGAGGAGACAAAGGUCAAGCGGAGGAGAUCCGGCGUCUCCGGCGGCAACUGGAGGAGCUGAGGAAGGAGAGCGGCCAUUACAUCGAGCUGCUCAAAGCUCACGACAUCAACUUCCUGGAUGACCCCAGCAUCCACUGGAAGGGCAAGAUGCGUUGCGCCAAGGUUGCCAAGGUGACGCCCAACCACCAGCCCUCCAAAGGGAUCAUCGUCUACCCUAACGGGAACACGACGUGUGCCGCGGGAAAAGAGCCCGGCUCUGGGAAACAGCAAGAGGAGGCGGUCUUCAUCCAGCCGUCCUGCGACGUCAUCCUCCAUCAUCCGCAUUCCUACAUCACCGUCCAGGGCCUCUGUCCCCUACCCACCGGCACCACAGCCCUGCCCCAGCCCACACCCCAAGCCCCUAGUCUGACUGCAGCGUCAUCCAGCCUAGCCACCCACCUCCCAUAUCACUUUGUCCCUAGCCUUACAGCCCUCCCUCAGGUUGUGACUACAUCCAGAGCUCUCGUCUCAGAAAUCUCCACCCAGUUAAACACCCAGCCGGGGGUUGGGACCAGGAGUCAGAGCUACACCACCCCCCCCCCCAGCUCAGGCCUGCUGAGGGCUGAGGCAGCAGGCAGCACACAGACCACGUGGACCACACUACAGCUGGCAGGGAACACAGUGCAGCCAGUCUGCCAGAAUCUACCCGCCCCAGAGAUGAACACUACUGGCCAGACAAUGCAACAACUGACUGUAUGCCCCGUGGCCACCAAAGCUACAGUUCAGCCAGUUCAUAUCCAGAUGAGGCCUCAGCUACCCAUAAAACAGGCCCCUAUCACAGCCCAUAUCCAGGCCCAGCCCUCCAUCCAGAAGCCCCCCCAUCUACAGCCAUCCAUCAUUGCCCAACCCCAUUUACUGCCCCAGUGUGCUGUCCUUCCACAGACAGCCAGAGUCCCACAGCAACCUGUUCUAACCCACCCUGCCAUGAUGCCACAACCACAAACGACUGUGUUACAAAAGGCUUCGGUGGUUCCCCAUCCCCAGACAGCUGUCCUGCCCCAGCCAGCCUUGGGCCAGCAGCCCCAGGCUGCAGUGCUGCCCCUGCUUCAGACCAUGCAGGUGCUGCAGGUUAAUCCUGCAGGCUCGACUGUUGCCGGGGUGACCGCUUCGCAGAACACUAACAACCCCAGCGUUGUCAUCCUGCAGCAAGCCAAUCCGUGCUCUACCCAGCCAGUUGCUCGAGAGGACUUGACCAAUCAGACAGCUUGCCAGCACAUCGUUAUCAUCCAAGCCCCCAAUCAGACGUCACCUGUUCCUCAGAACCCGUCGGUUGGCAUGGUGACGGCUACGGUGCCUGUAGUCUCCAGUCAGAUCGUCUCGACCAGUUGCACUACUUCUACCACUGGCCUCCAGACCGUCGGGGGGAAGCAGCUGGUUCACAUUCUACCCCGGCCCUCCGCAACAACAACCCACACGCCCCAGCCUGCCGCCUGCCCCCCGGCUUCACCUGGCCCCUCCGCCCCCCAGACCAUCACUGUAAACGGCCAGGUGUUUGCCCUGAAGCCCAUGAAGACCUCCGACAAGGGCGGCCCCCAGGGAACCCAGAGCACCCUUCAGCUGGUUCAGCCCACCACCAGCGAGGAGCCCACCACCAACGUGGCCCUCAACAGUCUCGGGGCCCUUAGUAGCCUCAACCAGAGCAUCUCUCAGGGCAUGCCUCAGCACAGCAUCUCCAGCCAGGGAAGCCUCCAGCUGUCUGGUGCCUCUCCAGCGUACUCGGUGGUGCAGCAUCAUCAGCUGCCUCCCGUCUCUGGCUCCGCCCCUGCCACCCCCGUCAGACAGCUCCAGUCUCCCAGUGGAGCGUCAGCCGGACGAGGGGGCGGGACGGGGAAGGCAGCCCCUAAGAGAAUCCCCACAAAGAGGACCAAGACAACCAGGAGGAGAGAACCCAAACAGCGACGCAGCACGGCCGCCAUUUCUACCAGACCGGUAGUGGCAGCAGAAGACAGUCCUAAACAGACGGGCGCUGUGUCUCAAGAUGCCCCCCCUUUUGCUACUGUGGCUGUGGGUGCUGUUAGCGGCGUUGCUAACGCACCCUCAGUCAGUGACGCAUUAAAACAGAGCAUUAACUCAGACAGCGUUGUCUGCUCUGCACAGAGCACACUAAAGAAUAUAAAUGUUUGUACUUCACAAACUGGUCUGACCACAUCUGUACAGCCCGCGUUAACGGUUAGCGGCGUCAACUCGACUCAAGGUGAAGUCGUUGUCUGUAUUGUUGGCACCAGUCCUACAGUCGGCCCUGCCGUUUCCUCCCAGAGCAAAGCACACACGGUAGUCAGUGUCCCUCAGAACAAGCGUGCCGCUUCACAGGAUAGGCAGGCCGUCUCCGUGACGACCGGCACAGCACAAACCAGAUCGCCUCCGUCUGCCGUCGCUUCUUCUAAACAAAGCAAACCCGGUGUCACCAGUGCCUGGGCCACAGAAACUAGACUCGCCACCGUCAGUCCGGCUACGACGGCAUGUCAGCCACUUGUCGGCACAGUCACUUCCACACAGGCUGAACAGUUGGUUUCCCUCCAGGACUCUGUGCUUACUACUUCGGUUUGUCAGACCAGGCCAGACAACAUACAGGAGCACCAGUUUACCGCCCUGGCCCAGGCCCAGCCCCUGGCCCAGCCCCUGGUCCUGGCCCAGCCCGUGCCCCAGGCCCAGCCUGUGGCCCAGACCCAGCCCUUGGCCCAGCUCCAGCCCCUGGCCCUUUCCUCUGUACCCUCAUCCACAGCUUCAUCCUCUGCGGCUCUGUUGCCUGUUGUCCCUCCGAUCCCUGCUGAAUUCCGAAAACGGACUCAAACAAACCGACCCUCAGCCCAGCAGCCAGACCAGAACAACCUUGCCUCCUCCUUGUCCUCCAAUGCUGUGCUCAAACUUCCAGACGUCUCCGAGAGGGAGCCUCAGAGAGGGAAAUCGAAUCCCACGACGGCCAUGGAAAAGGAAAGCCAGAGGAACAAUACCACCCCUUCCAGAAAGAUCUCUGCCCUCCCACAGCAAGUGUACUCCCUAGAACACCAGGUCACGGAACAACCAAACCAAACACACCAAACAUCAAACCCGCAGACGGACUCUCCCAUGUCCGCCGGAGCGGGGGGCGGGAGGGGCUUCUCCGUGGCGUCCAUGCUGCCCCAAGCAUUCACCUUCACCUCAGAGCAGGCUGACAUCCUGGCUUUGGCUAUGCUGGAGCAGGACAGCUCUGGGGGAAGAGUAGACAUCCCCAUCUCCGCAAACAACCCUACUUGGGAACCCCCAAAGUCACAGCAAGCCCCCCACUGCAAAGAGAGGGUUACGGGGCCUCAGACAAAGGUUACCAAGACGACCAUGGAGCCAGUGGUAGCCAAGCCGCCUUCCCAGGUGGCGGUCAGAGGUCAGGCUGGAGAGACGGGGGCCGUCAGCGGGCCCUCGGGGGCCAGACACCCGCAGAACAUCAACUAUGCCCAGUCUCACACCCACACCCAGUCCCACGUCCAGAGCCAGGCGCACGCUGGAACCGUGGGCACCCUCAGUGUCAACAACCUCAUCAGGUCCAGCUCCAGCCAGCAGCCCUACCCUGGCUCCCCCGGCAUGGCUGCUGGCCAGCAAGGCUCGGUCCCAUCUCCGGUGGGCACCUCAGCGCUGGCGUCCCAGCCCUCUACCUCCGGCCACACUUCCUGCUCUGGGAACGGCCAGCUGAGUGACUAUGCCCCCGUCAAGAGCUCUCUGAUGAGGGCUUCCAUGGGCAUGGGGGAACGACACGUUAAGGACAUAUCCAAGCGUCCCGCCCCGGAGGACGUGAUGUUGCCUUCCAGCAACAAGCGUCCCAAGACCUGUCCGUCGGCCGCCCCCAGUGUGGGCCGUAUGGAGGUGAAGGCCCAGGAUCACGGGCAGAGUCAGAUGAUGAUUGGCCAGGUUCCCCCCAGCUCCUCAACCGUCAUGAGCAGGAUAAACCCUGACGGAGGAGGUACCUUGUUCUCCAGUAACUCCUUCAUGAGCACAGUGCUCAGGCCCAUAGACAGCCACUGUGCCCCCCAGCAUCAGGAACAGAGCCAGCCAGGAGUGCUGCACCUGCCCCAGGGGCAUUCCCAGCACGGGGCGCCCCAGCCCGGGCAGCAUCUGGGGCCAAACCAGUACCUGAAACAACAGCAGCAGCAACAACAACAGGAUCACCAGAGGCAUCACUUGUAUCAGCUCCAGCACCAUCUCACCCAGCCUGACCCUGCUCAACUGCACAGUCUCCACCAGAGGGCGUUGCAGCAGGACCCACAGCACGUCCAGAACGCCCAGAAGAAAAGGGGACUUGUCCGAGCCAAUCAGAGCGGACCCCCUGUGGGGCUUCAGCAGAAACAGCAUCACCUGGAGAAGGCUGGAGUGCAUCAACAACAACAGCAGCAGCAGCAGCAGACACAACAACACCAACAACAACAUGCCCAACAGCCAUCACAUCAACAACAACAACAAACGCAUCAGCAGUCACAACAUCAACAGCAGCAGCCGUCCCAACAUCAACAAGCCCAACAUCAGCAGCAUCAACAACAGACACAGCAUCAACAACAGUCCCAGACACAGCAGCAUCAACAACAGUCCCAACAGCAGCAGCAACAACAACAGCUACAGCAGCAACAAAGCUCUCACUCCAGACACCAGCACCUGCAGCAGCACCUGCAGCAGCAGCAGCACUUUGGAGCGUCUCGACACCAGGAGAAGAGCUGCGAUGCCCAGCCAGCGGGUUCCAGGGCGCACCACAGCAGCCACCUAGCCCAGCAGGAACACCACAAGUCUGGUCAGGAACACAUGCAACGUCUGAUGAGCUCUAGGACCCUGGAGCAGCAGCUGAUAUCCCAGCCCGGCAACAACCCCGCGUCUCGGCCUUCCGACCUGGCCUGCGCCCCCUCGCGGCAGGAGCGCCACCGCGUCUCCAGCUAUUCCGCGGAGGCCCUCAUCGGAAAGACCUCCUCCAGCGGCGACCAGCAGCAGCGGAUGGUGGGGCUGCACUUGCAGGCCACGCGGGGCAGCACCCAGGAGCAGCCAGACCUGCGGGGGUACCUGGACACGUCCAGAGGGAAAGGCAAUAUCGGGCACAACCCCCAGAACCCCAGGCUGAGCCAGGAACACCCCGGGCCGUCGGACAUCCAGCGGGGGUUGGAAUGCCCCCCGUUCAAAGCCCUGGGCGGUGGAGGAGGUCAUCAGCUAGGUGGCUUUGAGGUGCAAGUGUCCCGCGGUGGGGACAUGGCCCCUAAAUCCAUCCCCCCUUCCCAGAGAGGUCCGCAGGGGCAGCAGCAGGGCGUGUUCAGGAUGGGGGUCGGCUCUCCCGGGGAUGGAAGACCCCGCGGGGGUUACAGUGGAGCUCACCCGGGGCCCCAGGGGGUGCAGAUAGGGGCGGGGUUACCCAGGGACCAGGAGGGUUGUCACCAUAGCUUCAUGCAGUCCCUUCUCUCUCCGCACAUUUCAGAGCAGACUAACCACCAGAGGGCAGUGCAGUGCUGCCCUCCAGUCAGCAUGGAGUACAGCUGUGUGCCGGGAGCCUCUGCAGGAGACAUGCAGGCCAAGGCAUCCAGCCCCAGUGUGCCUCCUACUCAGAAGACCCCAGGUAUGAGGCUUGGAGAGGGAAACAAGGGCCAUCUCGCCCAGGCUGGUGGGAACAUGCACGGAGGUCCCGGGGUACGAGCAGGCCUCCCCCACCCUGCUACCCCUCACAGCAGCUCGGAGCCUGGCCGUAGUUCAGCCCCCUCCAGGCCCCCUGGUGCUGUCAGCCAGCGCUCACGCCACCUCGCCCCGGACGCCCAGCCUGCCAAGCUCCGUCCUGGGGACAGGCUUCGUUCAGGCACCCUGAGACCAGGCAACCCUUUUGAGCCUGAGGGACACCUUCCCCUCCCCUCUGGUGGAGGGGUGCUCCUGGGAAGACCCCAGUCAGGGGGCGAAGCACGUCGCAGCAGCAUCGUCCGCUUUAUGGCCGACAGCUCUCAAGUCUCCGGGGACAACAACUUGGUGCCUGACCAACACUUGGCCCAAAACUUUGGCUUCCCCCCCUUCAUCGCUGAGGGAGGGAUGAACCACCCGCCCCCCAUCAAUGCCAACUCCACCUUCAUCCCCCCGGUCAGCCAGUCCAGCUCCUCCCGCACCCCUGCCCUGCUCCCCGUGGAGUCCCAGAACACCAUCCCCUCUUUCUACCCCUCCUACUCCCCCGCGGCCCACCCCAGCUUGCCCAGUGACAUCCCUCUUCAGUACUUCUCCAAUCAGAUGUUUACGAGCCCCGGCGCAGACAAGGCUAGCGCCGCUCCUCUCAACAACCGCUUCGGCUCCAUCCUCUCUCCUCCGCGCCCGGUCGGGUUUGCCCAGGCCAGCUUUCCCUUACUCCCUGACAUGCCGCCCAUGCCCAUCACCAACUCCUCGGGCAUCACCGCCCACCUGUCCAACUUCAGUCUCACGUCUCUGUUCCCGGAGAUCGCCGCGGCGAUGCCCUCCGACGGCUCGUCCAUGCCCAUGUCCCCCCUCCUGUCUCUGUCCAACACCUCAUCGAGUGACUCAGGCAAGCAACCCAACCGGCCCGCCCACAACAUCAGCCACAUCCUGGGGCAUGAUGGGAGCUCUGCGGUGUAGGCGGAGCCAAGUUUAUCCUCAGUGAGAAGUUUAGGGAUCAGUUAACAGAAGUCCAAGUUCUAGUUUUAUUUGGGUGGCAAGAUUGUUGAAGCUAUGACUCUCAAUCUGUGUUUACAUUUCAGUAUUUUGAUUUUCUUUACUUUCUCUGCGUGUGACAUCUGGACGCUGCGAAUCUGUUUGGGUUGGUCUGCUCCUGGAGUUGUGAUGCACAAUGAAUCAUUCAGGAGCAGGUUGGAUGACCUGCUGUUGAGGUUGUAAACAUUUUCAUGAACCAUAGGAUACACUAUACAGUAUUGUGUGUUGCAGUAUCCUAACAAAUGUCUGUUUUAUGAUUUUCUCUUUGAGCCUGAUAGUUUGAUACACACUCAAGUUAUGGACCUCAAUGGGUCAGCUUUCAUUUACUGCAGCUUUUAAGAGGAAUCUUGAAUAGAAAAAGCACUUGCACAAUAUCCGUAAAUGUAAUCUACUAACUAAAUCAGGGUGGAUUGGAUAAAAUAUUUUGUAAAUACAAUGUUUCAUACCAGUAUAGUUAGUUUGUAUGUAU